AGCUCACAUUGCUCGUGUAUGAAUUCUUCAAGGAAAGCAUACGACCUCGUUGGCUGCGUUGUUCGAUUGAUGCGUCUUUCGAAAUGUAUUUUCUAUACCCAGUUCUCAGGCAGUGAGUUUUACAUGCCGCCUUCUUCCGCUUUCAUCAAAUGACUCGCCCGCACCCUCAUCGGCAUCGAACGGCUAUACGGUCGGCAGCAUCAUAAUGGUCUCGUAUGCAUGGCGUAUUGUUGUUACUUUUUCUUCCUUUUCCUCUUUUCAUGACGUCUGUAAUAAUUCCAAAAAUUUUCAAUCUCCUGCCUUGUGUUUUCUUUCACCGGUGGAUACUUGACGAUCAUGUGCAUACCCCAUCGUUUUGCCUCUACGAUGAAUCCCGUUUUUCUUGUAAUUACCGAAUCUUUUUUCAUUGUAUCAUUGAUAGAUAUCUGAGACUGCAAAGGUUGUUGUUGUUGUUUGUGGGCUUCCCACGUGCAGUUGUCUGGACAGAACCAAUCAAAAUAAUAAAUACCCAUUCCAUUUCUCAUUCCUUCCACAACUUCCAAUUCUCCGUAGAACAACCUUAAGCACGAUCGCCAUGUCGAUCGAUCUCGCUUUAUGUUCGUUGAUACCACUGCUAUUA